AGAGAGAGAGAGAGACUCCAGCACAGAGAGAGAGAGAGAGACUCCAGCACAGAGAGAGAGAGAGAGAGAGAGAGAGAGAGAGAGAGAGAGAUGUACAGCAGCAGCAGUCAGUCGGUCGGUUGGAGAGUAGUUGCUCUCUCUCCCUCUCUGUUUUUUUUUCAGUCAGCUCCGCUGUUCUGAUGGUUUCUGAUGAACAGACAUGCAUCGCAAUCCAUUUUUAAUCAGCUAGUAAAUAUUUACCUUCCCUUUAGCCGCUCUGUGAGAGGAGGGAGAGGAUCCGUAUGGUCAUACACAGCCUAUUAUGUCCGCACUUCGGAAGAAAUUCGGGGACGACUACCAGAUAGUGACCACCUCGUCCUCCGGCGGCUCCGGCUUCCAGCAGCCCGCUCCGGAGAAGAAGCGCAAGCGGCAGCGCUUCGUGGACAAGAACGGCCGCUGCAACGUGCAGCACGGCAACCUGGGCGGAGAGACGAGCCGCUACCUGUCCGACCUCUUCACCACGCUGGUGGACCUGAAAUGGCGCUGGAACCUGUUCAUCUUCAUCCUCACCUACACGGUGGCCUGGCUCUUCAUGGCCUCCAUGUGGUGGGUGAUCGCCUACGCGCGGGGCGACUUGAACCGCGAGCACCACGACGACAAGUACACGCCGUGCGUGGCCAACGUGCACAACUUUCCCUCAGCCUUCCUCUUCUUCAUCGAGACCGAGGCCACCAUCGGCUACGGCUACCGCUACAUCACGGACAAGUGCCCCGAGGGCAUCAUCCUCUUCCUCUUCCAGUCCAUCCUGGGCUCCAUCGUGGACGCCUUCCUCAUCGGCUGCAUGUUCAUUAAGAUGUCGCAGCCCAAGAAGCGCGCGGAGACGCUGAUGUUCAGCGAGCACGCGGCCAUCUCCAUGCGGGACGGCAAGCUCACCCUCAUGUUCAGGGUGGGCAACCUGAGGAACAGCCACAUGGUCUCCGCGCAGAUCCGCUGCAAGCUGCUCAAAUCUCGGCAGACGCCCGAGGGUGAGUUCCUGCCUCUGGAUCAGCUUGAGCUGGACGUUGGUUUCAGUACUGGAGCUGAUCAGCUCUUCCUCGUGUCGCCGCUCACCAUCUGCCACGUGAUCGACAGCAAAAGCCCUUUCUAUGAGCUGUCCCAGCGCUCCAUGCACACGGAGCAGUUUGAAAUAGUGGUAAUUCUGGAGGGAAUUGUGGAAACGACAGGCAUGACUUGCCAAGCACGGACGUCGUACACAGAAGACGAGGUGCUGUGGGGCCAUCGUUUCUUCCCGGUCAUCUCCCUGGAGGAGGGUUUUUUCAAGGUGGACUAUUCUCAGUUCCACGCCACCUUCGAGGUGCCUACGCCUCCCCACAGCGUGAAGGAGCAGGAGGAGGCUUUACUCAUGUCCUCUCCGCUCAUGGCUCCGUCGCUGUGCAACAGCGGGGAGAAGACCAGCUCCCUGGACUGCCUGGAGCUGCUGGAGGACACGGAGACCACCACCAAGCUCCCGGCCAAGCUGCAGAAGAUGACAGGCCGGGACGGACUGCCCCGGAAGCUGCUCAGGAUGAGCUCCACAACGUCGGAGAUGACCUAUAGCCUCGGAGACCUGCCCAUGAAGCUGCAGCGCAUCAGCUCAGUGCCUGGGGUUUCAGAGGAGAAACAGCUCUCCAAGCCCUCCAAGAUCAGCGAGCCCAUUAGCCAAUCUGUGGCAGACUUACCGCCCAAACUGCAGCGGUUAGCAGGGGGCGGGGGAGGGGGCCGCAUGGACGGACACCUGCCCCCCAAACUACGAAAGAUGAACUCCGACCGCUUCACGUAGAAGAGGCCAUUAAUCAAACACAUGUACUGCUUACGUCUCUUAGGUCAAUAAGACAGAAGAACAAAACCCUUAUAGCUACUCCAAGAAAAUGUAGUGUAGACACAAAUGCCUACUACACCUAUAUAACAUAGGACAACGUAACAAGGUUCAUGUGUAUGGGUUCGUUCACAUACAGUGAACAUAUUCUUUCAGGUUGUUGUGAUUAUAAGCACAAUCUGGCAUGUAUGAAACACUAAGUGCAUGAUUAAAAUGCAAUUUUUCUCUGUCAGGCAUGAUGACUUGUGUAUAGUAUGUAUGAGUCGUGAAUGAAAUGAAAUGAAGUGAAAUUUGCCAAGAAAAUGAACACAGACUGGACAUUUGAACAUGAAGCCAUAAGGUUAUGCAGUGGACAGCUCCUCAUACAUGCCUGAGAUUUAUUUUUAAAUCUCAUUUCAGUUUUAUUUUUAUUUUCUUUUUUUUUUCUCGUUGUUUAGUGUAAAAUGUUUCCUAAUAUUAUGUUGAAAUGCAUGUUUUGCUAGAGAGAGGUAAUAGACACAAAUAUUAGCCUUAAAUAUAUUACCUUCUUUCUCUUUUCUCAGUUGGUCUACAGUUUCUUUUCAUAUAUCACAAGGUGUUACCUUCUUCUGUGAGAUUGGUUCAAAGAAAUGUCAUUGAACAAAUGCUUUACAGGUUAAAAAUUUAGGCUAAGUACAAGCCCAAAUCAGAAAAUGUUGGGACAGUUUGGAAAAUGCAAAAACAAAAACGCAAGGUUUUCUACAUUUACUUAGGUUUACUUGACAUAUGUGGAUAUUUCCUACAUAUCAGGCCCUCAAAAUUUUCCAGACAAAGUUGGGGAGGUGAAGCAUAUACAACAUUAUAAUGUUCCCAUUUAUUUUUCCAACACUUUAAAAAUUGUUUUGGCAAUGAAAUAUUUCAGGUUUUAUUUUGACACAUUUUUCCGGCAAAACAUCUUAAAGUGUGCAACUUUCCUGAAAAAGAUGUGGGGCCCUAUUUUAGCAAUCUAUAGGCGAUCCAUCAGCCAUGCACCGCACAGCUUAUUUUAGGGCAUUUGUGUGUCUUUGCUAUCAUAACAAUGUCAAAAUCGUUACUGUCAAUAUGCUGCUCAAAACGCACAAAAUGCAUGUUCAAGUUCUCUUAAUUACUUAUGGGUGUGUUUUGGGUGUAACAUGAAAUAAAGCAGUCAGCAUGUCAUUUGCCAUUAGAACUAGGUGCGCUUCUCAACAGAGAAACCUGUCCAUCAUGCACCGUCACAGCAUGAAUGAGCAGUUAUUUACGGGAACAGCAAUGUUAUUUUAUUUUGUAUUCUGUUUAUCGUUGAUGUAAAAGUUGGGUUUCUGCAGUGCUGCAUGUCUUUGUGUGUGAUGAGCAAGGGCGCGCCUGCGUUGCCAAGAUAGCAGUGAACCUCUGACUGUUGUCUAGGAUCUAAUCAGUCAGUGGCGCACCUGUGUUUUCCAUUCCCCAGAUAGCAAUACACUAGAAAUGUACCUGCACACACCUCAUUCCCAGACCACCACACCUAUCAGCUUAGAUAUUCUUGUAAUCGUCUUUGCUAUUUAAUCAACACAAGCGCACAAUACACUGCUGACAGGAUGUUAAACAGCAACUUAUGCUGCUCUAAGGUCUCUAUGUAUUUUCUUUUUCGACUUUGUUCCAGAUGAAAAAUAGAUGUUUGACCAUAUGAUGACCAUGAUUCACUUUCAAAGUGUGUUCUGAUCCAUCCCAGAUGCCUCUAAGCCCAAAGAAGUUAAUUGCACUUCUGGAAUCAUGUAAUUUAUUUAUUUGACCUCAUUAUCAGCCCCAAAUUUCCCCAUCCCAACCUCUUUAGAAUGUAGUGCAGGCCUGAAAUACAGUACUUAUCGUCUGUUAACAAAUGAAAUGAAGCUGAUCAGACUAAACAUGAAAAAUCUUGGUUUCGUCAAAGUACGUAAAUGUAAGAAACAGUAUCUCUUUUUUUUAUUUGCAUGUUCCAUACUGCCCCCUUUUUCUGAUUUGUGGUUGUAAAUGCUUGUGGGUUUUGGAAAUAUCAGACGUGAAUUAUUAAAAAGCGUUUUAUUGGCUAUAAAAAUCUAUAUAAACCAUUAAACCACUCUGAAUUCAA